AUAGUGUUACGCCUUAUAGCAAUCCAGAUGCAGUUCAUCUAGUUCAUUUAAUUAUUUAGUUUAGUUCAUUCGAUGUAAAAUGAUCAAUCAUGUUUCCUGUUUUCAAUAAAUAAAUACAGGUGGAAUAAGUAUGCACGGACAAGACAGGUUAGGAUAUAUUAGUCCGUUUCGUUCAGACAAUACAUAUCCUGAAUUUGAGAUUUCGGAUGAGAAGGAAUUACUUGCUGUCAGAUGGUUUAUUAAUAAAGACGUUGAUGGUAAACAGUUUACAGCCAAGGUAACUUGCCUAAUACAUCCAAAUGGGAAGAUAAUGUUGUAUUAUGAUAACAUUCCAACGGAAAUUAAAGAAGUUGAAUGGAAACCGAAAAUCGCCGGUAUAUUUGGAUGUGGAGGAAGUAAGAAACAUUUCAACGAAUGUUGUCAGCACAUUGAUAUCUGGUUACUCACAUCAUCAGUCAUCUUUUUGUGUCAUAUUAUUUUCUGUCUGUACCCUGGUUAUCAGCACGUCAAUACAGAACAUUCCUUUAUUCUAUCACAGUGAUCCAGUUCAAUUUUCUUACAGUUUACGUUAAAGACUUGAUUUGCUUGUAAAAACAACUGAUAUAAAUGUCGUUGAAGUGUUGUGGAUAAUUGUGCAAAAUGAAAUUGAUAUGCGUCCCGUAAAAGCACUGUUCAAAUGUCAUUGAAUGUUGAACAUUCAACGUUAGAUAGAUGUUCACACUCGUUGUAGGAAAAUUUCAGUAUCACAACUGAUUGUGAAUAUUAGUGUAAGCUAAUUGUGGAAGUGUUUGACAUUUGUCACUAAUGCUUUCGAC